AUGACAUCUGAGAUUAAUUUACUUAGGGCUGAGCUUAGGAAUAGAAUUGAGAAAUUGGAAAAAGCUAGAAUAGAUACUGCUAUUGAGAAUACUAAAUAUAGUGCUAAAAAUAUCAGACGUGAUGCUGAGAAUGCUGAGCUUAAGAUUAGGGUUGCAAAGUUAGAAGAAGAUUUUAGUAAUAAUACCUCGGCCUCGAACAGUAAUACUUCAGAAGACAUUCUCUUGAAUAAUACUUUGGAAGAAUCACCUUUAACAUCUGAAAUUCCUCCAAUUCCUCCUUGUUUUGAAGGUUUAGAAGAACAGUGGGCUGAUCUCAAUAAAAACGGAAGAGACUUUCGAAAAGAAAUCUGGUUCAGGACACAUAUUGAUUUAUCAAGAAAGGAAAAGAUCAUUCCCUUGGAACAUCUUGCCAACUUUUUUAGAAGAGCCUUACAAGAGGAAAGUUUGGAUGAUUCACACGAAAAUCUACAAGAAGAGGAUCUGGACAACGGAGAUUUUAACUACCAAGAGUCUGAAUUAUGUACUCUCACCGACGAAACAUCAUCUGACGAGGACCUCGUCGACGAUUAA